AUGGCGGCAAAGGUCUUGGUUAUCGGCGCAACAAACGGCCACUUCAUCGAAGCCUUUGCAAAAAUCACAGCUCUACACGCGAAAAACAACUUCUCACUCUCCCUCCUCCUCGGCGACCUAUUCUCAGAUCCAAGCCAGGCAACCUCCAAAGAGGCGGAGAACAUAGAACGCCUACUCCACGGCAAGAUCCGUGUUCCAUUACCAAUCUACUUUGGGCUGGGACAGCACUCGCUCCCUGUGCCCGUCCGCGAAAAGAUCAAUUCAUCCGGCGAAGUCUGCGAGAACCUCUUCUUUCUCGGAAAGAAGACUAUCCUGAACACGUCCGACGGCAUACGGAUCGUUGCGCUGGGCGGGAGGCUAGAUGCUGGGCUCGUAACCGGGGAAACGGGAGGUAUCGAGGGAGAAACAUUGCCGUUUUAUUCGGAUAAGGACGCGAAGGGGUUGAAGGGAGCUAAUUAUGCAGAUUUACUGCUUACUUAUGAGUGGCCGGAAGGGGUGGGGAAUCUUUCUGCGCUCGCACCGCCGGGCGUGAAAGGUACGGGUGUGAUUGCAGAAUUGGCGGCGGCACUGAGCCCUAGGUAUCAUUUUGCUGCUGGUGGAGAGAUAUUUUGGGAGAGGGAGCCGUAUCAGAAUGGGAUGAGGUCGAGUGAUGGAGGAUCUGAUACUAAGAUUACGAGGUUCCUGAGUGUUGCGGAUUGGGGGAAUGAGAAGAGGGCAAAGGCGUUGUAUGCUUUCUCAAUUAACCCCAAGGAUACAAAUAUUUCAAGACCUGCCUCCACUACUGCCUGUCCGUAUCGAGAGGGCGGGGGCAAGAAAAGACCGAGACAGGACUCAACUGGCGGAGCGAGCUUUUUCUGGGGAGAUCACACCAGUGGCGGAUACGAGCGGGGCGGCAGGGGCGGCAAGCGCGGGAGAGGGACCUUAGCUAACUUGUCACCAGCCGAAUCCUGUUUCUUCUGCCUGAGCUACCCGCAACUCGAAAAGCACCUGAUAGUCUCGAUCGGUAACGAAGCAUACGUAACUACCGCCAAAGGCCCGUUAACAAACCCUACCACCAACCCCUCUACACUCCCAUUCUCGUCCCACGUCCUUAUAAUCCCCCUGACCCACACACCAACCGUAACUGCCAUUGACGAUGAAGACUCACGAAAGUCCACCAUCGAGGAAAUGACAAAUUAUCGUCUGGCGAUAGAACGAAUGCUCAAAAGUCGCGACUGCGGCGCAGUAACCUUUGAGGUAUCCCGUGCUAAUGGUGUGCACUCCCAUUGGCAGCUAAUCCCUGUACCUGUUGAUAAAUUGGCGGCUGUGGAAGAAGCUUUCAAGAGCGAAGCUUUGGCUGACCGAAUUGGGGAGUUUGAAAAGAGAGGGUUGGAUGCUGAGAACGAGGGGGAUUAUUUCCGGAUAUGGAUAUCUGGGAUGGAUGGGAGCCUAGUGGUCAGUCUGAAAGAGGGGGAGUACUUUGAUUUGCAGUUUGGCCGAAAAGUAUUGGCGAAGGUGAUGGGUCUCAAAAGCGUGCAUUGGAGGGAUUGUGCACAGACUUUUGAGCAGGAAGUUAAGGACGCGAACGAUUUCAAGGAAGCUUUUAAGUCUUUUGAUUUUAAUAUGUAAUGUAUUACUAACUGUUAUAAUUACAAUAGCCUGAUGUAACUUAGAUAGCCAAUUUUCAAUUAUUUACAGCAA